AUGAGACAGCGUUAUGAGCAAUGGCUUGCCCGUUAUGGUCGAACCUACAAGGAUGGGCGUGAGAAGGAACGACGGUUCGAGAUUUACCAAAGCAAUGUCCAGCUCAUUGAUGAAUUCAACGCCAUCAGCCAAGGGUCUAAGCUCACCGACAAUAAGUUUGCAGACCUAACAAGUGAGGAGUUUAGGACCAACAGACCGAAGGAAACGGACAACUUGGGCACACAUUACGAGGAUAAGAUUGUGGUGCCUCCUAGUGUAGAUUGGAGGAAGAAAGGAGCAGUCACACAGGUCAAAGACCAAGGCCAAUGCGGAUCUUGUUGGGCCUUCUCCGCAGUGGCGGCUGUGGAGGGCAUCAACCAAAUAAGGACCGGCCAACUGGUCCCCUUGUCCGAGCAGGAGCUUGUGGAUUGCGACACAGAAGGUGCAAAUAGCGGCUGUAGCGGGGGUUUCAUGAGCCAGGCCUUUGACUUCGUCCAGCGAAACCAUGGCUUGACCUCUGAAGACAACUACCCUUACGAUGGCAGCCAAGGUCGAUGCCAGACGGUGAAGCUCUCAGACCACGUCGGGACCAUCAGUGGGUACAGAAAUGUGACAGCCAAUUGCGAGCAGAAUCUGCUACAAGCAGUCGCCAGCCGACCGGUUUCUGCUGCCAUCGAUGCCGGUGGGUUUGCCUUCCAGUUCUACUCCGAGGGUGUCUUCACCGGCCCCUGUGGGAUGAACCUCAACCAUGGAGUGACGGUGGUUGGCUACGAAACGGCAGGCGAGGAGAAGUACUGGAUAGUGAAGAAUUCAUGGGGUACCGAAUGGGGGGAGCAGGGUUACAUUAGGAUGAGACGCGGCAUCUCCGACGAGCAAGGGUUGUGUGGAAUUGCCAUGCAGGCUUCUUAUCCUCUUGCGUAG